AUGAAGUUUGGAAGUAUAUUAACGGGUUUGUUGGCGAGCUCUGCUGUGUAUGCUCACGGGACAGAUUCACACGGUAGCAAAACGGAUAAGGAGAAACUAGAUCUAGAGUAUUCGCUGCCUGAACUGGUGAAGCUGAACGAUAAACUCCCUGCACAUUGGAGAACAUCAGAUGCAACAAAACUGGAAGCAGGCAGAUUCAUCUUAACGCCUACAAAGAACAGCAAAGGUUCGCUGUGGUUAAAGAAGUCAUUCAACUUAGAGACAUCAUUCACAAUUGAGUGGACUUUCCGUGAUGUCGGCUUUGAAGGCGAUUCAAAAGCAGCUAUGGCAUUUUGGUUUGUCACAGGAUCAAGUGAACAAGAAAUUGACGAGACAUUGAAGGAUAAAUCCAUGGUCAACGGUCCUUCUAAAUUUGAUGGUCUUAUGUUGCAUCUAGAUACCAAUGAAGUGCAUGGGCCAAGUAUUAGAGCCCAGCUUAAUGACAAGAUCACUGCAUUUACCCCCGAGAUUGUUCAUGAGAAAUCUUUUGGAUCUUGUUUGCUAGCAUACCAAGAUAGUGCUGUACCAACCACGGCCAGACUGACAUACGACAAGGACAAUAAGAGCAUGUUGAAGUUGCAAAUUGACAACAGAGUCUGUUUCCAAACUUUCAAAGUGAAGUUGCCUCAAGGUUUAUAUAGAUUUGGUGUCACGGCAGUUAACGAUAACAAUGCUGAGUCCUUUGAAAUCUUGAAAAUGCAUGCCUACAACGGUGUUGUUGAGGACUCCUUGAUUCCAAAUUCCAAUCCUAUGCCUCAACCAAAAUUCGUCACAAAACAAAUUGACAAAGAUACAGGCAAGGAAAAGAUAGUGGAACAGGAUAUUUUUGACACUAAGAAGGGGAACAGUAUCUCAACUUUGGAUCUGUACAAGAAGCUGGACAGUGUUGAAGGAAGAUUACUUGCCAAUGAUAUUUCUGUAUUGGACAAAAAGUUGGAUGAACUGAUUGGUCUUGAGAAGGAGGCUACUGACUUCAUCUUACAGAUGGUAGGUCUAUUGGACAUAAUAGUUAAAAAACGUUCAGAAGUGUUUAAUCAAAGUGAUGAGAACAAAGAACAAGCUGAUGCUAUUGAAAAGGAGAAGUUUAAGGACUUUUUAUCUCUAAAUGAUAAAUUAGAAUCUCUAUAUGAAGAGCAAAUACGUAUAAGAGAGGCCACCCAAAAAGCUAAUAGUAGUAAGCAGGAUGUCGAUACUUUGCUGUGGAAGAUAUCCCUGUGGAUUUUCCCAUUGAUUGUGAUUAUGUUGAUCAUGACUUACUACACGUUCAAGAUCAGACAAGAAAUCAUCAAGACUAAGCUCUUGUAA